AUGAAGUUCAUCUCUAUCGCCGCUCUCCUAGCCCCCGCCGUCCUGGCCGCCCCGCAGGCAAGGAGUGAGUCGGGCUGGAUCAGUCUCAUCAAGGAAAAGUGCCCUGAUAUGCCGGAUCAGUGUGUUGAUUUUGCUAAGGAGGCCCAUCAACCGGCGUUUGAUAUUGUUGCAGCUGCAAAAGCUAAACAGAUCCUGCCGACUUGUGACCCAGCCUAUCAGCAAUGUACCCAAAAUCUCUUAGAGGACGUUGAGACUUUUCCACCAGGCGCCACUUAUAAUACCCUUACAUGCGUCCUACAAGUUGCGCCUGAUCAUUUUAAGUACUUUCUCGACCCUGACAGCGCUGAUAUACCGAUUCCGCGUAACCAAAACUGUCCAUUGCGAGAGCUGCACCGCGCAGCGCACGUUGAACUGGGUCCCUUGGCAUAA